AUAAAAUAUCGCUCCGGAGCACAGGCCCGCCAAGGCGCUAAACAGCCACCCGCCUAGUAGCGACUCCCCGGCGAGCAUGGCGUUGACUCUCUGGUGACCACGGCAGCAACCGGCAACCCCGGAAUCGCCGGAUCCUCUCCCCUGCACGUAGGGGACGAUCUCGUACAGUGCAGCUGUUUUACUUCCUCCGUUGCAUCAAUGCAAGUCUCCCUGCUGAAAAUUGGAGCUCGAAUGGAUGAUAUAUCCGCGGGGCUUAAUGAACUGGACCUUAUACUCAACGGAAGCAAGAGGCCGGAUAAGAUAAAGCUGUCGGUACUGCGUCACAUAACAGAAAAUUUCUCUCAUAAGCGAAAAAUCGGUCAAGGUGGAUGUGGAGUUGUUUACAAGGGCAUCCUCCCAAGCGGCGGGAUCAUUGCUGUGAAGAAGCUGUUCAGCAACAAGACGUUGGAUGACAGGAUGUUUGAGAGGGAGGUUACAGCCAUGAUGAUGGUUGAGCACCAAAAUACAGUGCGGUUCCUAGGUUACUGCUCUCACACAGAACAGCAAGCGCUGGAAAUGUGGGGAAAAUAUAUUCUUGCCGAGGAACGGGAAAGAUUGCUCUGUUUUGAUUAUAUAAGCAAGGGAAGCCUUGAAGACUAUGUGACUGAUGAGUUGAGGGGACUUGAAUGGCAUACACGUUUUCAAAUUAUUAAGGGAAUUUGUGAGGGUUUGCAUCAUCUUCACAAGGAAAAGGGCAUUAUUCAUAUGGAUCUCAAACCUCCCAACAUAUUAUUGGACAAUGAUUUGGUGCCAAAGAUCACGGAUUUUGGUAUAUCAAGGCCUGGGGAAAUAUCAGCUACUAUGAGUAAAGAACGUCUUUUUUCAAUAGGAUAUUGUGCUCCCGAAUACCAGUUCAAUGGAAAGAUGUCAUUCAAGUCAGAUGUUUAUAGUUUGGGUGUUAUAAUCAGAGAGAUGGUAACGGGAACUAGGAACGAGCCCAAUAUCACUAUUGUUCAAAGAAGGUGGAUGCACAGGUGGAAGAAAUCUGCACAGAACAGGACAUUAUACCAACAUCAAGUGACUGAAUGUCUGAAAUUGGCUCAAAGGUGCAUGCGCAGAUAUCCCAUUGAAAGACCCGGUAUACAAGAUGUAAUCCAUAGGCUCAAUGAGAUGGAUCGUACAAUGGCUAUCCACAUUGUUGCCACUAAAUCUACAGCUGAUCAGAAGAUUAGUUCUUUCUCGGAGGACAUGCUUGGGAUUGAGCCACUCCAGCUGCACUUCCCCAUUGUGAUUGGCAAGCAGACUUCACGCUCCAUCCAGCUGACCAAUGACACAGAUGACUACAUAGCCUUCAGGGUAUUAACAGAAAGCCGACUCUCGUACCAUAUUCACCCAAACUAUGGUAUUGUCCGACCACGGUCCAUCUGUAGCGUCACCAUAACAUUGGAAGCACAAAAGAAGCCUCUGCCUGAGGACUGUGUAGAGGAAUUUUGUGUGCAGAGCACCAGAGUGGAUGAGAGUCUAACAACCAAGGAUAUACUAGAAACAGGGGACAUGUUCGAGGAAGAGCCAGAUAAAGCGGUCGAUAUGGUGACUCUAACGGCAAGCGUGUGUGCCCCAAAGCAGCACCCAUUGGUUGUCCAGCCCCCUGAGCUCCACUUUCCUCAGACUCUUGAGCUGAAUAAACCGAUGUUGCCUUCUUCAAUGCAGCUGGCCAACAUGACAGAUGACUAUGUUGCCUUCAUGUUGGUAAUGCCCGAUGACAAGGUAACUCGCUACUCCUUCCAUAUAGCCAAAGCAAUGGGAAUCAUGCCACCAUGGUCGACGCGGGGAGUUGUCAUAGACGUGCAAGUGCAGGAGGAAGUAGUACUGCCACUGGGAACCAGACCCAUGCAAUGCAAGGACACAGCGCUUAUGCGGUGGGUCAUUGUGGGUAAGGAUCGUCUUAGCGGUGCCGCCCAUGUCAGUGCGGAUCUGUUCUACGAACAAACGGAUGUGCACGAGUUGGAGUUGGACAUUGUGUUUGGAGCACAAUCGGAAUCUCAGCCCCCGUCACCUUCAUCGGUGCAUCCUCAUCCUACUAAUGACUGGGAAGAUGAUGACCAAGAGGUGCAGUUAAGUAGCGCAGAAAAGAUAACUCCCUUCUCCAUUCAGACGGAGUUGCUCCAAAUCUACCCUUCAGAGCUUCGUUUCACAUCUGAGGAAGGAGCGGAGUACAUGAGCCUAAUCAACAAGACAGAUGAUGAUGUUAUCUAUUAUAUUGAUUAUGACAAUCAGGAAUACAAAAUCCGAGGAACGACGAGCAGAGGUGUUGUGCCGCCGCACUCCACUUGCCCUGUCCGUGUGUUUGCUUAUAAGAAACCGCACGGAGUGUACACUCAUGAGUUCCAUAUCUUGAUGAUCAGUGGGAGCAAUUACCGUAACACUACGGAUCUCUUUGAUGACUCUGACCAUCUUAAUGUAUAUGACAAUAAGCGUGAUGAAAUAAUCAACCAAGUAAGAGCGGAGGGAGGAAAGGCACACGAGGCGCUGCUCAUGUCUGUUGUACGUGUCCCUCACCCAGACCGAGACAGCGUGGCAACAAAGCAGAACAAGGAGAUACGUAUGGAUGAGAAUGGGCUGGGAAGAGUGACAUGCAUGGAUGUGCAUCCCACUCAGCCAUGGGUUGUAACAUGUCAUAAUGGUAGCUGUUGUGCUUGCAUUUGGAAGAUGGUCCCACAGACAAGUGCAUAUGAGAAGAUAAUGUCUACACACUGUAAUAGUGCGCUCAUUUUCUCAGUUAAGUUUAUUGCACGAAUGCAAUGGGUCGCUUGCGGAGAUUUUCAUGGAUACAUCUCUGUGCGCACAUAUCUUGAUGAUAAAAUGUCAGAAAUAAAGAGGUUUAGAGCUGAAAAUGAUAUGGUAACAGCAUUGGCAGUCCAUCCAACUCAUUCGUAUCUACUUUCUUGCUCCAAAGACAAUUUGAUCAAGCUAUGGGACUGGGAGCAGGGCUGGAUGUGUGCUCGAAAAUUUUCAUGCUACGGUGAAGGCACUCGUUGUGAGGGAGUAUUGAUGUUUAAUCCGAACGAAGCCAACACUUUUGCUUUUGUUUCCACAAAUGGUCAUGUGAACAAGAGUGACAUAAAGAUCUGGAGCAUGGACUCUGACAAUCCACACACCAUCUUGCCUGUGAAAGGAGGGGCCACUAGUUUUGCUUACUGCAUUACGGGGAGUGACCAGCAGUAUAUGGCUACAGCCGAUAAUCAUGGGAAAAUAGAGAUUUUUGAUUUGUGGUCAAGGACACAUGUACACACACUUGAAGCGAGCUGGAUAACAUAUGCAAAGUGUUCUGUUACUGCCUGUCACCCAUCACUUCCUUUAUUAGCGUCGGUCUACAGAGAUAGUAUCGUUUUGUGGAACUACACUACCUAUGGGCUUGAGAAAGCUCAUGUAUAUGAUAGUACGCCUUAUUAUUCCACUAGUGACGACAUUAAAGGUAUUGGAUUCAUUGACAUUGAGGGCUCCCAAAGGCUCGUGAUUGCACAUACCAAAAAGAUAGAAAUGGUGGACAUGUCUUAUGGGACAUUAACGAGUCAACCAUGGGACCUUGGUCCUUGCCACUUGCCAGAUAGCACAGCGCCAUGGCACUGACGGUGGCACCCACCUCCUGGCUACAGAUGGAGAAGACGCCGCGCGCACAAGCAGAGAGGAGAGACGUUCACGCGGCUAGGGUUUAUUUCCUACUUUUAUAUUAUUGGUAUACUAGUAAAUAUUGAUACAGGACGUUCACUGUACGGCCAAUGGUAUUUAUGCUACUUUUAUAUUCGUACUCCAAGCUGACGCCCUGCCCCUCUCGUUGGUUCGAAUUUUCCGUUCGCCAAAUCACUAUUGGCUGUUUUUUAAUUUCUUAUUCUUACUUUUUCUCAACUGAAUUUUUAA